AUGUCCAACUUAUUAGUCCAUAUCGAGUCCACGGACCAAUUCUCUGCCCUCCUCUCCUCAUCCAAGAUCGUUGUGGCCGACUUCUAUGCCGACUGGUGCGGCCCCUGCAAGCAAAUCGCCCCCAUCUUCGAAAAGCUGGCCGAGCAACUGUCUCGACCCAACCAGAUCACCUUCGCCAAAAUCGACACUGACAAACAGCAAGACAUCUCACGAUCAUAUGGCAUCCGAGCUCUGCCGACCUUCGUGAUCUUCAAGAAUGCCCAAGCAGUCAAAUUCAUUCAAGGCGCAGAUCGGGAGGGGCUGUCCAACGCGGUCAAGGACUUGGCCAAUGAGGCGAACAAGAUAGAAACGGGCGAGGGUAGUGGAAACUCGAAUGGUGACACGUGGCUGGGUGCAGAUUUACCAAGAGGAUACGGUGAUGUGACUGCUCAGGUCGACGUCGUGGGGUUGGAGCUACUGAACUGGGACUCCGAGCAUGGAAAUGCGAGAACGUUGAUCAGUGGCAGCAAACCCAAAGGACAAGCAGAGGCCAAGUCAGAUUGGGUCGAAAGUGACACGGACGAACAACUCAUGCUCUACCUUCCCUUCAUGUCUACACUGAAGAUUCACUCGUUACACCUCACGUCGCUGCCAGGCAACACAGAUGACGACACAUCCCCAAGCCGACCGAAGCUGCUCAAGAUCUACACCAAUAGACCUCGCAUCCUCGGUUUCGAUGAAGCAGAAGACACACAAGUAGCGCAAGAGAUCACACUAUCGGACAAAGAUUGGGAUGCAAAGACCGGCACUGCAAAGAUUGAACUCCGCAUUGUCAAAUUCCAGAACGUGUACAGCCUGGUUUUAUUCGUGGUGGAGAGUGAGGGUGACAACGAGAAGGUCCGGAUCGAUCGCAUCCGAGUCAUUGGUGAGACAGGGGAGAAGAGGGAUGGGAAGAUUGAGAAGAUUGCAGCAGACGAUUGA